ACUGCGACUUUUGACUCUCUCUCUCUCUCUCUCUACAGUAGUAGUAGUAGUAUUCAUUCAUAUUCAUACUUGAUAUCAUGUCACACACACACUAUCUCUCUCUCUCUCUCUCUAAUGGCAGAGCUAGCUCAGACCCUUAACACAGACCACAGCCUCUGAGAGAAACCACUCUCACUUUCACUCUCCUUAACCUUUCACCUUCCAUAUCUGGCGAAAAUGAAAGCUCUGUACAGAAGCUCUCUCUUGCUCCUCUUCUUCCUCUCCGUCUGUUCUGCAUCUUCUUCUUCGGUUCCCACUCUGCAACUCCUAAGCUUCAAAAACUCUCUCCCGAACCCAACCCUGCUCCCGAACUGGCUCCCGAACCAAAGCCCAUGCUCAUUCACCGGCAUCACCUGCAACGACACCCAGCACCUCACUUCCAUAGACCUCUCCGGCGUCCCUCUCACCACAAACCUCACCGUCAUCGCCACCUUCCUCCUCACCCUCGACAACCUCCAGUCACUCUCCUUAAAAUCCACCAACCUCUCCGGCCCCGCCGCCAUGCCUCCUCCUCUCUCCCACUCCAAGUGCGCCUCCACAUUAACCUCCCUAGAUCUAUCACAAAACGCCCUCUCCGGUUCCCUCAACGACAUGUCGUUUCUCUCCUCCUGCUCCAACCUCCAAUCCCUCAAUCUCUCCAGCAACCUUCUUGAAUUCGACUCCUCUCACUGGAAGCUCCACCUCCUCGUCGCCGACUUUUCCUACAACAAGAUUUCCGGCCCCGGUAUCCUCCCCUGGCUUCUCAACCCUGAAAUCGAACACCUCGCUCUGAAAGGCAACAAAGUCACCGGCGAAACCGACUUCUCCGGUUCCAAUUCUCUCCAGUUUUUAGACCUUUCUUCCAACAACUUUUCUGUUACGCUUCCUACUUUCGGCGAGUGUUCUUCGCUUGAGUAUUUGGACCUCUCCGCCAACAAGUACUUCGGCGACAUUGCUCGCACUCUCUCGCCUUGCAAGAGCCUCGUUUACUUAAACUUCUCCAGCAACCAGUUCUCCGGUCCGGUUCCUUCCCUUCCCUCCGGUUCGCUACAGUUCGUGUACCUUGCUUCAAACCACUUCCACGGCCAGAUUCCUCUCCCCCUCGCCGACCUCUGCUCCACUCUCCUCCAGCUCGAUCUCUCCUCCAACAACCUCUCAGGCGCUCUCCCCGAAGCCUUCGGCGCUUGCACUUCUCUUCAGUCCUUCGACAUCUCCAGCAACCUCUUCGCCGGUGCGCUGCCUAUGGACGUUCUCACGCAAAUGAAAAGCCUCAAAGAGCUCGCGGUGGCGUUCAACGCGUUCCUUGGUCCCCUUCCGGAGUCUCUGACGAAGCUCUCCACUUUAGAGUCGCUGGAUCUUAGCUCCAACAACUUCAGCGGCUCAAUCCCGACAACGCUUUGCGGUGGUGACGCUGGGAAUAAUAAUAUUCUGAAGGAACUUUACCUGCAGAACAACCGGUUCACGGGUUUUAUUCCACCCACGCUCAGCAACUGUUCAAACCUCGUUGCUUUGGACUUGAGUUUCAACUUCCUCACGGGAACUAUUCCUCCAAGCCUAGGGUCUCUUUCCAAGCUUAAAGACUUGAUCAUCUGGCUCAACCAGCUCCAUGGAGAAAUACCGCAGGAGCUCAUGUAUCUGAAAAGCCUCGAGAAUUUGAUCCUGGAUUUCAACGACUUGACUGGGAACAUUCCCUCUGGGCUUGUUAACUGCACCAAGCUGAACUGGAUCUCCCUCUCCAACAACAGGCUCAGCGGCGAGAUUCCGCGGUGGAUUGGGAAGCUUUCUAAUCUCGCCAUACUUAAGCUCAGUAAUAACUCUUUCUCCGGCCGGAUUCCGCCGGAGCUCGGCGAUUGUACUAGUUUAAUAUGGUUGGAUCUGAAUACUAAUAUGCUCACCGGGCCCAUUCCGCCGGAGCUGUUCAAGCAGUCGGGGAAGAUCGCGGUGAAUUUCAUCAGUGGGAAGACGUAUGUGUAUAUAAAGAACGAUGGGAGCAAAGAGUGUCAUGGUGCGGGGAACUUGCUGGAGUUUGCCGGGAUCAGUCAGCAGCAGUUGAACAGGAUUUCGACGAGGAACCCGUGCAAUUUCACUAGGGUUUAUGGAGGUAAGUUGCAGCCAACGUUUAACCAUAAUGGUUCUAUGAUAUUUUUGGAUAUCUCGCACAACAUGUUGUCAGGGAGUAUUCCCAAGGAGAUUGGGGCCAUGUACUAUUUGUACAUUCUCAAUUUGGGUCAUAAUAAUGUGUCUGGGAGCAUUCCUCAAGAGCUUGGGAAGAUGAAGAAUCUCAACAUCCUUGAUCUCUCAAGUAAUAGACUGGAGGGGCAAAUUCCUCAGAGUCUCACGGGGCUUUCCUUGCUCACUGAGAUUGACCUGUCGAAUAACUUGCUUACGGGGACGAUUCCUGAGUCGGGUCAAUUUGAUACUUUCCCUGCGGCGAGAUUUCAGAACAACUCUGGUCUCUGUGGAGUUCCUCUCGGCCCAUGUGGUUCGGACCCGGCGAAUAACGGGAAUGCGCAACAUAUGAAGUCUCACAGGAGGCAGGCUUCUCUGGUGGGGAGUGUGGCCAUGGGUUUGUUGUUUUCCCUCUUCUGCGUCUUUGGUUUGAUCAUUAUUGCCAUUGAGACCAGGAAGAGGAGGAAGAAGAAGGAGGCUGCUCUUGAAGCCUAUGCUGAUGGUAAUUUGCAUUCGGGUCCUGCCAACGUGAGCUGGAAGCACACCAGUACCCGGGAAGCGCUUAGCAUAAACCUUGCAACGUUUAAGAGGCCGCUCAGGAGGCUUACUUUUGCGGACCUUCUUGACGCUACCAAUGGCUUUCACAAUGAUAGUCUCAUUGGCUCUGGUGGGUUUGGGGAUGUUUACAAGGCUCAGUUGAAGGAUGGAAGUGUUGUGGCUAUCAAGAAGCUGAUUCAUGUCAGCGGCCAAGGGGACAGGGAAUUCACUGCUGAAAUGGAGACCAUUGGGAAGAUCAAGCACAGGAACCUUGUUCCUCUGUUGGGAUACUGCAAGGUUGGGGAAGAGAGGCUCUUGGUUUAUGAGUACAUGAAAUAUGGAAGCUUAGAGGAUGUUCUUCAUGAUCCGAAGAAAGCUGGGAUCAAGUUGAAUUGGUCGAUUAGGAGGAAAAUUGCUAUUGGAGCUGCUAGGGGAUUGUCUUUUCUUCACCACAAUUGUAGCCCCCACAUCAUUCAUAGAGACAUGAAGUCAAGCAAUGUGUUACUUGAUGAAAACCUGGAAGCUAGAGUCUCUGAUUUUGGAAUGGCUAGGCAUAUGAGUGCUAUGGAUACACAUUUGAGUGUGAGCACACUGGCAGGCACACCAGGGUAUGUUCCUCCGGAGUACUAUGAGAGCUUCAGAUGCUCUACCAAAGGUGAUGUCUACAGUUAUGGUGUGGUUUUGUUGGAGCUGCUAACUGGGAAAAGGCCAACAGAUUCGGCUGAUUUUGGUGAUAAUAAUCUUGUUGGAUGGGUUAAACAACAUGCCAAGCUGAAAAUAAGUGAUAUUUUUGACCCAGAGCUCAUGAAGGAAGACCCCAAUUUGGAGAUGGAGCUUUUGCAGCACCUGAAGAUUGCAGUUUCCUGUUUGGAUGAUCGGCAUUGGAGACGUCCAACGAUGAUUCAAGUGUUGACAAUGUUCAAGGAGAUUCAGGCAGGAUCUGGGAUUGAUUCUCAGUCAACCAUAGCCAAUGAAGAUGACAGUUUCAAUGCAGUUGAAAUGGUGGAGAUGAGCAUUAAAGAAACCCCUGAAUUGAGCAAGCAUUAGGCAACAAAUUCCGGAAGUGUCAUGUGGAUUCUUUGGGAAACAGACAAGAAGAGAGAAAAGGAGGAGAUGACGGAUUCAGCUCCCCUCAAAGUUUUUUCCUUCCUCUUUGCCGCUUCAAAUUAUUUCAGACACAAGGGGGAAACGGUUAAAGGGGGGAAUGAAUGCUUUUGAUGUAUGUAGUCUUGUUAUUUUAUACAAAAAAAAAAAGUUGUUUAACUUGUAUAUAAACAGCUUCAGUUGUUACCAUCUGUGUUUUCCUAGAAUUUUCAAAAGUACUUUUCUCAUUCAGAUAUAAUCCUGAAAAGGAUCUCUGUUCAAUCUGGCGACCCCAGUGAUGGCGACUAAGUGGAGGAUCUUUUGGCCA